UGGUGAACCAAAGAAGGAAAGAAAAACCCAUAUAAUUCACCAAAAAAGAAAUUCAAUGAUGAAGUUCGAUUAUAGUACCAUUAUUUUUAUUUAUUGAAUUGUAAAAUGGUUUUAUUUGAAAAAUCCUUCUAAAAUGAUUAAUUAUCUCCUCUGUAUGACCCACUAAAAAACAUAUCUUAAACAAAUAGUCCCUUGAUUGGUUUUACAUGUAAUGUUCAGUGUGCGUGAGAGGCAAGUGAUUAAAAAAGUAAGAAAAAAACAGAAAAUAUAUUGUUAUUUUCUGUCUCUCACUCUCUGUCUCCCUCUUUUUCUCUCUCUCUGAUGACUACUUGAAAGUGAAAAAAGGUCGCCUAUAUAAACACACAAUGAACUCUUGUCUUCUUCACUAAUCACAUUUUCUUCGCGUAUAUAUCACAAAGAAAAACAAGAAGGGUAAAGAGAAAAGAUGAUCUCAGUGGUGAUAAUAACUGAGUACCUAGUGGAGUACACGACGGCUCUCGCUAAACUCACCGCCGGGAUUCUUCCACGGCGUACCGGCGACAGAAACGUCUUACGGAUCGGCGGUUUCCUCCUUCCCUCACCUUCUUCAGCUGUCUCUAGGAUUCCUGAUUUCUCUGCUCACCUCGUCGAUUUUUGAUUUCUCUUAGCACUUAUUUUUUGGGAUUUUUCAGUUCUUGACAUUAGAUUUUAUUCCUCUAUCUUUUCUAUGAGAGGCGGCUGAGAUUUUUACCGAGUGUCUUGUCAUCUCCUCUCUUUUUUUUUUUGUUUAUCUUGGUUAUGAAUCUGAUAGAGCUUUUGUAAGUAGAUCCAUAUCUAAUUAAUAUAUAGAGAUGAAUAUUUGAUGGUUU